AGUGCGACCCGAGCUGUGCCACGGCCGUGGUGAUCCGCGCGGCCCGCGCUCCCCAUAUUCCGCAACUUUCAACUUCGCGCUCUCCACGAGUUUAGUUCCCGGAAUUAUUUGUUGCUUCAGACGCGACGCGAAUGUACGACAAACUUUUGUGUUUGACUUCGCCCAAUUUCAUAUAACUUCACCGGAUAAACUUGAAGUCUGAUGAAAUAAUGACUGUAAACUAUUAAUUAAACUGAUGAUUAUCAAUGGAUAUUGGUUUGUGGGAUCCAGUUAAGUGUAUGUGAAAUAAACAUUUGUAUGGAGCUGGUAUAUAUAAACAGAGAACUAUUAUAUUAUUGAUAGCAGUUAUCUGUGUAUAUGGAAAACAUCCCAUGAGGUUCGAUGUUGAAGAAAGUGUAAGGAUGAGGAAACUAGGCGACGUCGGGCAGUUGAGGACUGGCAGACGGCAGCACCGUGCAGUUACGCGUUGAACCAACAUGGCGGCCGGCGCGCACGCAAAAAUCGGCGGACCCCUCGCGCGCCUUCUAGUUCUGGCCGUAUUACACGUCAAUUUUGUUGCACUAGGUCUGGAGCCGGACUUCCUAUACCCAUUGGAGAACGUGACGAUCGCUCAAGGUCGCGACGCGAUGUUCACGUGCGUGGUGAAUAACCUGGGUGGUUACAGGGUGAGUGGCGACUCCGCCACAGCCAGGGUAGCUUGGAUUAAGGCAGAUACGAAGGCGAUUCUCGCGAUUCACGAACACGUGAUCACAAAUAAUGCGAGGCUGAGCGUCACGCACAACGACUACAACACGUGGACGCUCAACAUCCGAGGCGUUAAGAGAGAAGAUAGGGGACAAUACAUGUGCCAAGUUAACACCGACCCUAUGAAAAUGCAGACAGCAUUUUUGGAAGUGGUAAUACCUCCAGACAUAAUUUACGAAGAAACGUCUGGAGACAUGAUGGUGCCCGAAGGCGGGUCAGCAAAACUAGUCUGCAAAGCGAGAGGUUAUCCUCCACCAAAGAUAGUGUGGCGACGUGAGGACGGCGGUGACAUUAUAUCUAGAGGUGGACCUCAAGGCAAGACCAAAGUGACAUCGCUCGAAGGUGAAGUGGUAAACCUGACAAAGGUAACGCGUUCUGAGAUGGGCGCUUACCUGUGCAUCGCCGCGAACGGCGUGCCGCCAUCCGUCAGCAAAAGGAUAAUGCUUCAUGUACAUUUCCACCCAUUAGUUCAAGUGCCUAACCAGCUGGUAGGUGCACCGCUGGGCACCGACGUCACUCUGCAGUGCCAUGUUGAAGCUUCGCCCAAAGCGAUCAACUACUGGACAAGAGAGAACGGUGAAAUGAUAAUAUCCAAUGAAAAAUACCAAAUGAGUGAGUUGGCGCGCUCCGCGUACAGCGUGCAGAUGCGGCUUGUGGUCCGCAAUAUACAAAACAACGAUAUCGGCGGGUACAAAUGUAUUUCCAAAAACUCCAUCGGCGACGCCGAGGGCACCAGCAGGCUGUACGAAAUGGAACUACCCAAUCGAAAGUCAUCCGAUGAAGAAGAUCGCGACUUCGCUUCGGAAGAGACUAAUGACGUCCGCUCCAGCCUUCAGGGUCCACUUCGAGAAGGUGGCACCCGGGCUGAGGACCCUGGGUUUUUAGAUGGUGGAGGACCAUUCCGAAAUACGGCGAACCAAGCCGCCUCAUACGCGAUAUUAAUGUCGGUGUUAUUUCUUGUCGCAUGCUAAACCUUCUUGUCGUAGCCAUGUACAAAUUAAGCAGUUUUGUUGCUUUUGUUGUUAUUUUUUUUUGUUAAAGGGUUUUUUUAUAUGUUCAGAAUUAUAUAAUAUGGGCUAUUAAUGAAAUGAAGCAUAAAAUGUUAAACAAAAACAGUACAAUAUUUCUGUUUUAGAUUAUGACUUUGAUCAUCUGCUUAGAUGGUUGUAUUUAUGUAGUAAUAUCGUUUAUGAAUAAUGUAAAUAGUUAUUUUUUAGGAUUCGCAUUUACCAACAUCUUAAGGAUUUUCAUGACGAAUUUAUAAGUAAAGUAAAAUUGAUCCUUAAGAUUGUAAACUUUAUUUUGAUAAUGCAAUACAAAAUAUUUCGUUUUAAUGUUGUGCAUGGCAUCAUAACUACGAUAAGAUAUGAUACCUCUCAAGGAGAUUCGUACGUUUUGUAACCAUUUGAACUGAUACAAGGACACUGUAUAAGUGAAAAAUAUAUUAUAAUCAAUUGUGAAGCUUAAAAAUAAAUGUAAAUGCUUAUGUAAUACAAUAAACUUAAACGAUAAAUGUUUUUGUGAAUAGUUGAAUAGUAAUAUGCAUGGUGUUGCAUAGUUGAUUUAAGAUUAUAACAGGAAGGGAUACUCAUUAAACUAUAGUAUUAAGUUGUUGCUUAUGGUUUUUAUGUUAGUAAUAUAUGUAUAAUAGAUAUAAUUAAUUUGUGUUGCCAUAAAUUAACACUACUGUUUUUUUGUUAUGAAUAUGAAUGAAUUCUAACUUUUUGCAUCGUGUUAAGUUCGUUAUAUUAUUUGUUUUCUGUUUAAAUAAAUCUUAAAGUUUCAAUGUAAAUAUAUGAUGUCGAGUGUAACCUGUUAUUUUAAUAUUUGCUAUAGAGGUCGGUAAUAUUGGUUACUUUAAUGCCAUUAUCAAAUGUAAAUUUGAAAUUACGGUUAAAUUUAUAGAAAGUUUUGUAAAUUGUUAUCAUUUGUUAAAUUGUUGGAUUUAAUAUGAGAAAUUAUUUCGUAAACUGUAUAUUGUAAGUGUAAUCGAUGUUUCGUUGUUACGGUUAUAUAAAAACGAAACGAAUUUUGUUACUCCGCCAUUUUGUUUAGGAAAUGGUAGUAACCUUUGUAACUAUGUAACUGCCAACCCUAACGUAUCGGCCUUGCAUAAAUGUAUAUUAUUGCCUGCGA